AUGGUUUUUUUAAAUGCAAUAAUAAUUCGUAAAAUGGUUCAAUGUUCUAUAGAAGCGUUGGUUUUAUGCGGUCCCUCGGGAUCUGGUAAAUCGACAUUACUCAAAAAAUUAUUGGAUGAUUUUCCUGAUAAAUUUCAAUUUUCCAUAUCUCAUACAACCAGAUCUCCGAGACCGGGUGAAAUAAAUGGAGUGCACUAUUAUUUCACAACAAAGGAAGAUAUGUCUGAUGCAAUUGAAAAUGGUGAUUUUAUUGAAACUGCAGUUUUUUCAGGAAAUAUCUACGGUACCAGUAAAAAAUCUGUCGAAGAUUGUGUUAAAAAAGGAAAAAUUUGCGUUUUGGACAUUGAUGUUCAAGGAGUAAAGCAAAUUAAAGAAACUGAUUUGAAUGCUCUAUAUGUUUUUAUCAAACCACCAUCAUUGGACUCGCUCGCUGAUCGUUUAAGAAAUAGAGGAACAGAAACGGAUGAAACGUUGGAAAAAAGAUUGAAUGCUGCUAAAUCAGAAAUCGGUUAUGGAGAAACACCCAACAAUUUUCAUUUGGUUAUCAUUAAUGACUCGAUUGAUAUUGCAUAUGCAAAACUCAAAAAUUUUAUUAUGGAACAAUUAUUUAAACAAAGAAAAGAGUCAGGUGAUGAAUAA